AUGGCGGGCGGCUCCAAACGUGGUGGCUUUCGAGGAGCCGGCACUGGCGGCUAUAAGAGAGGCUACACCAAGAAACGCUCACCUAAUGAUGAAGACGAGGCGCCUCGCGCGAGCAAGAAGUCCAAAGGUGACGAGGACGAGGAAGAAGAUACAGCGCCUCUCGUUCCAAAAUUGCAGAUUGACGACGAUAACAAUCCGUUUGUUGCAAUCAACAACAGCAGCAAGCGACGUGUAACAGUCAGCGACUUCAAAGGCACUACACUAAUCAGCAUUCGAGAGUACUGGACAAAUGAAGGAGGUGAGCUGAAACCCGGAAAGAAGGGCAUCUCACUAUCAGUAGAACAGUACAAUGCGCUCCUUGCUGCCGCGCCAAUACUCGAGUCUGUGCUUCGCAAGAAAGAUAUCGAGGUUGCACGACCAGACUACGAAGCAAAACUCGACGCCACGGCACCAGUCGAAGAAGCAAAGGAAGGACAGCAAACUACUGCAAAGGCCGACGACGACGACAAUGACCACGAAGGUGACGACAAGGAAGAAUAG